AUGCUGACUGACCGGCUAUACGUCAAGUACGAGAAGCGCGUUCACUUGUCUGAAACACCAAGAAUGCAAUUUAUACCGCAAUAUACCACCAUCCCGGUACCCAAAGUCUUUUGUGCAUUUCCAAGUUCUGGUUGCACAUACAUUGUGAUGGAGAGGAUCAAGGGAGAUAUAAUCGGUAAUGGCCGGGUGAGACGAAGUGAGGAGUCGAAAGCGAAACUCCUUUCGCGAUUGGCAGCGAACAUUCGCCAAAUGCGGGACCUUCAGCCUCCGGAAGGUACUAGGAUUGCUUCUGUCGAUGGCGGAUCACUUUUUGACUGCCAUAUUCCGAGCCCUAGCUUUCGCUUCGCCCCCUUUGAUACCCCCCAAGACCGCCAUCGGCAUUUACGCAUGGGUAUGUAUUUUGAUCCAAGGCUUGAUGACGAUAUUAAACAAACUAUAGAUUAUAGAUCUGUUGAUAUCAAAGUGGUGCUGGUAUUCAUUCCGCUGACAAUGAUCUAUCACCCGCUCAGCACCUUUUCCCACUCAACAACGCUUGCUUUCGGAAUAUCUACCACCUGGCCUUUUUGA